AUGUCGGAAAUCAAAACCGUCGCGAUAGCCGGAGCAUCGGGUACUCUCGGGCCUCAUGUUCUCAAAGCGCUCUCCGAUGCCGGCUUUGAUGUCACUGUACUCGCACGUGCGAAGAAAUCCUAUGAUUCGAACGUCAAAGUCCUCGAAGUCGACUAUACCUCCCACAGCUCCUUAACUGCUGCGCUCCAAGGUAUCGAUGCCGUCGUCUCAACCGUCAGCGCCGAAGCAAUCGAGGGCCAAACUAUUUUGAUUGAUGCCGCCAUCACGGCCGGGGUUAAGCGCUUCAUUCCGUCUGACUUUGGCACGGUUACCACCAACCCCAAAGUCGAGGGUUAUCCGUUGUAUAGUUCCAUGGCCAAGAUCCAGAAGUAUCUCCGGGAAAAGAGCGCGGGCGGCGAUAUCACUUGGACGGUCCUCGGAUGCGGCGCCUUUUUGGACUUCCUCUUGACCACUUCGGUUUUCCUGGACUUUGCGAAGCACACUGUCACUCUGCUGGACGAUGGCGAUAACAGGCUCAGCACAACCUCAUUGUCAACGGUUGGAAAGGCCGUGGCUGCAAUCCUGACGAACUUCGAGGCUACAAAGAAUAGGGUUGUUUUCACGUCCGAGGCAAUCGUGACUCAGAAUGAGUGGUUGAGAUAUGCAAAGGAACUCAAGCCUGGAACUGAGUGGGAUGUGACCAAGGAGCAAACAAGUGCGGUUUUGGCAGAAAGCCUGGAGCAGCUUGCUGCGGGUGACCAUACCAUGCCAGUUAUCUUGAAGCUCCUUAGAGGGACUGCUCUGGCCGGCGACGCCUACGGCGGCGCGUAUGACGUGAAUGACAAUGAGUUACUGGGGGUGAAGGAGUUGACUUCCGACCAGAUCAAGAAAUUGAUUGUUGAGAAGAUCUAGGAGGACUAUUGG